CACAUUUCUUCUCAUUUCACAUACCCAAACCUCAAAAGGUCUCCCAAAAUAUCCAAAAAAUGAAGAAUCUCGCAAUUCUUGCUGCCUUGAUUCUCUUCUCAAGCUGUGUCAUAUCUCAAGUCACAGCAAAAGAUUUGGAAUCGUUACGUACUGAAGAGCUCCAAUGGUGGCAUUACCACCAUUUCUACCCUUACUUUCACCCUAAGCCACACUGGCCGUUCCCCACCACCGGAAAGGCCCUCCCACCACUCCCGGCUGGCUUCCACCCAAUUCAAUUCCAUCCACCACCGGUUGUAGCUAAAUGCUUGUCCGAUUGCAAGGACGUGAGGACAUGUGUUGCGGAUAUUGCUAAAGCUUUCUUCACCCGCAAACCCGCUAUUGGGUUGGAUUGUUGUGCCUCGAUCCAGAAGAUGGAUGAAGAUUGCCAGAAGACUGUCUUUGGAGCGUAUCACAACCCUUUCUUUGACUGCUUAGUUAAGCUACAUUGCUCCACCAAAGCUGGAUCCACUCCUUCUGCUCCUUCGCCAGCUUAGGGAGAAGUGAGUAUUGUUGUUUCUUAAUUAGUAGUUUUUUUUUUAGUUAUGUUUUCUUUCUUUUUCACUUUCUAUUAUGUUACGC